CUUUGCACUCUAGUGCACGUACACACACACACACACACACACACACCGCUCCCUUCAUCAAACUGCACUCUGCUUCAGUGAGUUUUCCUUCCCAGUCGUACACCUGAGGAGAGUCGUCUCUGGACUGGAGGUUCGUACUGCGUCUCUGACUCCAUUUCCAUUUUGGUCCAUCGGGAGAUUAUCCACAGAGCUCUAAGGAUGCCAUUUGACUACAUUCCCAUUCUAGAGAUCUUCCUCGGCAUCCUGGGCUUCGGCCUCUCCAUCAUGUUCUGCACGACCUUCUGCAGGGCGUGCAGUCGCCUCAGGGAGGAGCAGAUAGAGAGGGAGGCAUUGAGACGCAGUGAGCAGAACGGUCGCCCUCCUCCCAUAUAUUUCAUCCCCUUCCAUGGAAGCUUGCAGGACGGCGAGGACCACCCCAGGGUGCCUCGAUACAGCCAGGAGAUCCUCACACCACCAGUAUAUAGCAACGCUGCUUACUGUGGACCCCCACCUUCAUAUAAUGAGCUGGGAUUGAAGCCUGAGGAUCACCCCCCUGCUUACACCGAGUAUACCGUUCCUGUGUAUCCCAUCACACCUCCACCUCACACAGACAUGGUUCAACCACAAACACAGUCACAACAAUAAGCCGGCACCAUCACACUGGGCCGGUGUUGAGCGUAUUGAUUACUAAACUGCCUCGUGGACUUGAGUGAGCUGGAACUGGACUUUAUAACCUUUCAAAGAUUGGUUUUUAUUGUGAGCUUGUUUUUUUAUUACGGUAAUGAAUGUGAUGAUGGCACAAAGCUGCAGAAAUGGCACCAGGUUUAAAGCUACAGUGCCAUGAGUGUAUAGCACAUAAAACACUUAAGACCCAAAAUAGAUUUUAUUCACAUGUGUGGUGGUUGUUAAAACGGGAUACGUUCACAUUAUUUCCCUUCUUGUUCUUAUUUUCCAACAAGCACGUUUUGCUUUUGGUCCUGUUUUGUUCGCAUGUCAUGUUUUUUUUUUUCAUUAGCAGGAUCUCACAAAUCACUUUAAGAGUAUU